UUUAGUUCCCUCUCCUAGCCAUGCUUUGACACUGACUGGCAAGCCAGAUCUCUCUGGGCUACUUGAUUGAGAAUGACUAUCUGAACAAGCAGGCAAGCAACUUUCUUCCAGACAAAAGAUCUGAUUACCUCCAUAACAUCCUCUUUUGGGGAAAGAAGAGUAGUACCUGUCCCUGCUUUUUACAGAGCCCUGAGCAACAAGCGGGUAUCUGAAACAUUGAACUAAAGUAACAGGAACGUGGACCUGCUUGGACAGAGCUGGAUGUGAAUUGUGGCAUGAGCACACCUAGAAGAUAGAGGCAGAAAUCAGACUGAAAGCCCUUAAAUUAGACUUAAUAGAUCCAUAUAAUAAUUUCAUUCAAAGAUAAGAUUCUAACAUCCUUCUGACUCAUGUUUUAGAUGCUGAUGAAAUUAAUGUGCUCUGCCAAACUCAAUGAGAAAGGAAGAACCUGCUACACCUGGGGCAAGGAUUGGUCUGCUAUAAUAUUAUACAAUUUCUCAAAAAUCCUUCAUGUGAAGGGAACCAAAAGCAGCGAGAAGCUGUGCGUUUGCUCCCCAGUCAGUCGUGUGCGUCAGUCACGCAGUUAGCAUGCCCAUCAGUCAGAGCCGACAAGGCGUGUGCUAACUGAACCUGACAUCACAAGUUUAGGUCUCUAGGAGUUAGCUGCAUGUCUUAAUGAUGUCUGAGAAAAUUCUGAGCUGAAUUUUAUACAAAGACUAAUGCAAACAAGAUUGCUUGAAAAGGUAACAGUGGUGGGAUGCUCUGAAGAGAAGUAAGGCAGUAAUACUAGAGAAAGAAGAGAGAUGAAGAGGGGAUACUGCAGGAAGAAAAAAAACAGAAAAAAACUGGGACAGUUAUGGCAAAGGGGAUAAAUAGCAAUUAAAUAAGUCAAAUUACAUGAUGAUUGAAGAUAAUAAAGAGAAUGAAGACCAUGCAUCUGAAAGAGGAAGAACAGCCAUAAUUUUUUCCUUGAACAAUGAAGUCGGAGGACUUGUAAAAGCAUUAAAACUCUUUCAGGAGAAGCAUGUAAACCUGGUACACAUUGAGUCACGGAAAUCCAAGAGACGCAAUUCUGAGUUUGAGAUCUUUGUGGACUGUGACAGUAACAGGGAACAACUGAAUGAGAUCUUCCAGCUCCUGAAAUCCCAUGUCAACUUUGUCUCUAUGAACCCGACAGAGCAUUUCAAUGUCCAGGAAGAUGACAUGGAGAAUGUUCCCUGGUUUCCGAAGAAGAUCUCAGAUUUGGAUAAGUGUGCAAAUCGAGUGCUGAUGUACGGGUCCGAUUUGGAUGCUGACCAUCCAGGUUUCAAAGACAAUGUCUAUCGCAAGAGGCGAAAGUAUUUUGCAGACCUGGCUAUGAACUACAAACAUGGUGACCCAGUUCCCAAGAUUGAAUUCACUGAGGAGGAGAUCAAGACUUGGGGGACUGUUUACCGAGAGCUUAACAAGCUUUACCCAACUCAUGCCUGUAGAGAGUACCUUAAAAACUUACCCUUGCUCACCAAAUACUGUGGGUACAGAGAAGACAAUAUCCCCCAGCUGGAAGAUGUGUCCCGCUUCCUGAAAGAGCGCACAGGUUUCACCAUUCGCCCCGUUGCUGGAUAUCUAUCGCCCAGAGACUUCUUGGCAGGAUUAGCAUUCAGAGUUUUUCACUGCACUCAAUAUGUUAGACACAGCUCGGACCCUCUCUAUACACCGGAGCCUGAUACCUGCCAUGAGCUCCUAGGCCAUGUCCCUCUUUUGGCUGAACCCAGUUUUGCUCAGUUCUCCCAGGAAAUUGGUCUUGCGUCACUUGGGGCAUCAGAUGAGGCUGUCCAAAAACUGGCAACAUGCUACUUCUUCACUGUAGAGUUUGGCUUGUGCAAGCAAGAGGGACAGCUACGAGUUUAUGGGGCUGGCUUGCUUUCCUCGAUUAGUGAGCUCAAGCACUCACUCUCUGGCAGUGCCAAGGUCAAGCCUUUUGAUCCAAAGGUCACCUGCAAGCAAGAAUGCCUCAUUACAACUUUCCAGGAGGUUUACUUUGUUUCUGAAAGUUUUGAAGAAGCAAAAGAGAAGAUGAGAGAGUUUGCAAAAACCAUCAAGCGCCCAUUUGGUGUGAAGUACAAUCCAUAUACUCAAAGCGUGCAGAUCCUGAAAGACACGAAGAGCAUUGCCAGCGUGGUGAAUGAGCUACGUCACGAGCUGGACAUUGUCAGCGAUGCCCUCAGCAAGAUGGGCAAGCAGCUGGAAGUUUAACACCCCUGUCAGCAGUGUGGUGCACUCAGCAACUCUUUUCUUUUCCCUACUGAUUUCUUUCUAGGCAUGUAAUGUGUUGUAUGCAGAACUCUCUCCUUUACAAAUGGAAGAGUGAAUGGCCCAUAAGGAUAACAUCUUUAUUUUGUUUCCCUAUAUGAAGUCCCUUACAGAAUGUAUUCCUCCAUCCCCCUUGGAUUAAAAAAAGGCCAGGAGUUGCCUUUGAGAAGCUGAUGGGGGAGCAGAGAAAUUGGUAGACUGGAGCAAUAGUGUGGUGUGUGGAUCAGGGCUCGGAUCAGAUGCUGCAGAAGGUGGCUUAUGAGGCAAUAAUGGAAUAAUUUGCCACAGGGAAUUAUGCUACUAAUUUUAUAGCAUUGCAGACUUUAUAGCGUAGAAGCUAUAGUAAUCAGUGCUUGUAAGUCUGUGCUACUAAGUUUAAAACUUGAAUGAUUACAGCGCAGACAUCAGGACACAAAUAGCUGUAGGUUCACUAUAAUAAAAUUGAAGGGUCAAAUUUUGCUUUCAAAGGGAUCACUCUUGCCCCAAAGAAUUGCAAAUGUGCUGUUUGGCAUGCUUCUAGUGUACAGAGCUGUUGCAUGAAACCCUAAUUUUAGGAGAUUUGCUAUUGGCUCAGAGUCAGUUUUUUUGUUGCUGUCCUUGAUAUUACACCUGAGGGAGGACCUUUCUUUGUAGAAAUACCAUUUGCCUUUUUCCUGAUUUAAUUAAUUUAACAAAUAAUAUAGUACCUGUUGGCUUGCUGACUUAGCACAAAGCCUAAAACCAUUUCCAAAUUAGAAUUUAAUAUUAAAAAUAGUUUCAUCGGUUCUAAAAAUAACACCAAAGUUUAAAAUAACAGCCAAAGUUUGUAGUCUAGUCUGCUUUUUUUAAGUAUCCUAUUGAUUGCUCCAUCGCUUUAUUGACCUGCAUAAGCUGCACAAAGAUACAUUUUGUUUCUUCUUUAGUAGGCCUGAACUCCAUCAUUCCCUAUCAAGCAAACAACAACUGAAAGGCCCAAGCAUUUCAUAACAAUUCUGCAGCUAUAAAUGCAACCAAUUACCUUGUAGUGUAGACUAUAUCUAAUUCCAAAGAGCACUUUACAAGUGGCGGGAAGCAGUGUUCUGCUGAAUUGUCUGUAUCAUGCAGUAGAAAACUUCCCCGUUUUCAGGGCUCCAAAGUUUGAAGCAUCCUGCAAAGCUGUGCUGGCUGCUGUUUCUGCCGACCCUGUGAAUGAAAUGAAUACGUGUACAGGAUAUGAUACAUUUGAAUGGAAGAUCUGUGAUGUGCAGGGUAUAUUUAAUAGCAUGCUAGGUACUGAUUCUUCAUAGCUAGAGCUUAUCUGGAAAUUCAGAAUUUGCAGCUGUGAAGGUCACUGGAAAAAUGGACUGAACUGUUAAAUACACUGGAGAUGCUAGUCCAGGAUUUCAAGAACUUGAAAGACUUUCAUGAUCCUCUGUGCUUGAAAAUCAGCUUGCGUUUCAUAUGCUUUCUAGUAGGCCACAUCUGCUCCAUAAGCAGUUGCUGGCCCAAUCUUUUCAAAUAUAUUCACUGUUUAAAUCAAGUCUAGAUAAUAUUUUUUUCUGUGACUAUUAACGCACUAUAACUUUUUUUAAAUAACAUUUAAGACAACAAAAAGGUCCACAACAUUUAUGGCUUACAUUACACUUUUAAAUAGAUUUUUAGGAGCUUUGUCUUUCUAAGGAAGAAACAGUCUUAUAAGUGAGUAGUAAGGGAGGAUCUAUUUUGUCUGCUUCUGUGAUAACAGUUAAUAUUCAGCUGCAUUUAAAAAAUGUUGGGAUUAUUAUGUUGUUCAAAUAUAUGUGGAUCUGUGUUACUUUGAAUCUUUGUCUGAACUAUGUAUACGUUUCAAGUAGGACACCUUAUACUUGACAAAUUAGCACCUAAUUUUGAAUACUUUGGAAAAACAGCAAUUGUAUGUUUAUUUGCACUUGUGUAGCAAAAAGUUAAGUAAACUGUUAAAAGUAAUACAGAGAAGAUGCAUUUCCAUGUCAUUAACAACACGUAUGUUUGGCUUCACACAUCCAAACCUUCUGGCUAUGUAGAACAGCAAUAAUUUAAAUAUUUUAAACUAUUGUGAAGGCUUUAAAUGUCAAUGAAAUAAACAACUUGUUGGUAAUUACUAGAAGCAAAACCCCCUUUACUUCAGCACUGCAGCAAU